AUGUUGAAUAGCAAACCUGUUUCAACACCUGUUGACACAGGAGUAAAACUGUCUUUAGCAAAUGAAGAAAAAGAAGUAAAAUCAACCUUAUUCAAACAAAUUGUGGGCUCUUUGAGGUACUUGUGCCAUACAAGACCUGAUAUUGCUUAUGGUGUAGGUCUGAUCAGCAGGUACAUGGUGAAACCUACCACCUCACAUCUGGUUGCAGCUAAAAGAAUUUUAAGAUAUGUCAAGGGCACAAGAAGCUAUGGCAUUCAAUACUGUAAAGGUCAAGAUGGUGACUUAGUUGGCUACUCAGAUUCAGAUUGGAGUGGUGACAAAGAUGACAGGAAAAGCACUGCAGCAUAUGUGUUUAUGAUUGGAAAUGCAGAUUUUUCAUGGAGUUCCAAGAAGGAGUCAGUGGUUGCAUUAUCUUCCUGCGAGGCUGAAUACAUUGCAGCUUCCAUGGCAGCAUGUCAAGCUCAAUGGAUUAAUAUGCUACUGAUGGAAUUGAAACUAAUAAAGAAUGAAAGGAUGGAGCUCAUAAUUGACAGCAAAUCAGCUAUAGACUUGGCAAAGCAUCCAGUAGCACAUGGUAGAAGUAAACACAUUGAAACCAAGUUCCAUUUCUUAAGAGAUCAGGUGAACAAUGGCAAGUUAGAAGUGGAGCAUUGCAGGACAGAAGAGCAGAUAGCAGAUCUACUUACAAAACCUUUGAAGUCAAGUAGCUUUGAGUAUUUGAAGAUGAAGCUGGGAAUGGUUGAGGCAUCUAACUAA